GCCGAUCUCUGAUAAGGGGGUCCAGAGAGCGGUUGGGCUGAUAAUGCCUGACAUGCUGAAUUACUCGGCACUCGAUUUAGCCAACCAACUUGGGCGAUUGCAUGACGGCUUGGCUGGAUGGUCUCAUCCUCUUCGAAGAGGCGGCCUUUGUUUGUGUGCCUGCCUGUUCAUGGACUCUGGAAAAGAACGAAAAGCGAAUGAGGGUACCUCAUUCGAUUCCUUUCUCCCUUUGUAAAGUGUGCCCCAAUCAUUUUUUCUCCCCUCUCUUGUGAGACUGGCCCGUCUGUCAUUGGUCAGUUUAGGGGUGGUCCCCGUCUAGUUGUGGAAUAGAAGAGGGCCUUAGGUAUCACCGGGGGGUUGAAGGCGGUCGGAUGGGAAGGGGGCAGGGUAGGAGGGUAGGGUGAGUGCGUCGGUUUUCUUCGCGGGGGUGGGAGAGAGGGGUUGGAAGUGGCUGGAAAGGGGCUGUUGCUUAAAGGGUACACAUAAGGGAGAUUUGAUAUUGUGCAUAGCGCCUAGCAAAUAUGGCGCUGCAGCGCCCGCUUUACCGAUCAAGAGCCGCUGUAGCUGCUCUUGAUCGUCUCCUGUUUUCCGCUCCUGCGGGUCGCUGCAAAGUGGAGAAUCGACAGUCGCUGCCUCGCCGAGUUGCCGAACUGACCGGACAAGAUGGUGGCGAUCGGACGCUGCAACGGGAAUUGCAGUCGCGCCCUCUGCACAAUAAUGCUGUGAGUCCUUCGACUUCACCGGCUUGCGGCGCGCUCUCCAAACCAACGUCGUCAUCAGAUUCCUUUGGCUUUGACGGUGGCUUUGUAAUGCGACUCAUUCGUUCUGUUUCGGUGACGAGUUCUGCCAGAAGUCCCCUUGGUUGUCGGGUGUUCGGAAGCGGUCUGCAGCCUUUGACGACGACGGCCACCACCUCCCCGCACGGGGAGGUCCCUCCACUGAAGGUGUCUAUCGAGUCUCUGAAAGAUACCUCCAUAGAUGAGACAGAGGGGGAGAGCAGUGGCGGUGGUCCGGUUCCGAGUGGGGAGGAGCAUGCGGAUAACGAGGACGAGCCCGUUAUACCGCCGGAGCAGCUUGCGGUGCGCCGGCAGGAGAUCGGUGGGCCGACAGGUCCUGAACCGACACGCUACGGCGACUGGGAAAGAGGAGGGCGAUGCAGUGACUUUUGAGUUGUCGUUUUGCCUUGCAAUUUGUUGCGCUGUUGGCCCCCCCGCGAUGGGGCUGGCUACCAUGCAGUUGCAGCGUGCGUCUUGUAUUGUUCAUAACUUUUGACCUGUCGACAUUUUCUCUUUCUGUUUUUUGUGUCCAUGGCUGAGUUACGAUGGCAGGUCGACGUCUCCGUUUCCAUCUUUUUUCGAACUUCCUCUUGUUGGUAAUGCUCUGCUAGGUUGAAGCUCCCCCCCCCCCCGCCCCCCAAUACAUCUGGAGAAACCAGAUGGUAGGUGGUGUAGGUACGCUGGACCCGUUUUCCAGCAGUUGAAGCUCCCCCCCUCCCCCCCUCCCCCCCCACCACACACAAUACAUCUGGAGCAACCAGAUGACUGGCUGGGUUGGGCUGCAGUCCUACCACUCUGCCCUCUAACGUCUUCACCCGAGUAGAACGCCGGGUCAUUAUAGCUGUAUUUGGCACAACUUUCGGUCGAGAUGCAGCGGUAAUGACUGGGCAUUCGGUAGCAGUUAGUUGGGCUCUUCAAGAAGGAAAAACACACAAAGGAAGGUAUAAUGGACCUGCCAUGUGGUGUGGCACCAUUGGCUAUCUUUGUCGCCGAAAAUCUCACAUCGAUGUGAUGUGCAAAUCGUGGCAACGCUAACUCGUUGCGGAUCAGGUUCAUGCCCAGCAUGAAAGCCCCACUCAGAACACUGUGAAUCGGAUUCACAUUCAUUCAAUGCUAGAAGAGCUGGUACAUAUGAGAAAUCGUGAAACAGAUGCGAAAAUGAAUUCGAUGCUAAAGC